AUGAACGCGGAUUUAUUCAAGCCAGUGUCGGAGCGCGGACCCUCGCAACCAGCCCCGGCCAAAACCAGCAGGAGUAAAGGCGACCAGAACAAACCCGAGGUCGCCCAGGUGAUCACGGACCCAAAAUCUGGAAGAUGUUACAGCAAAGGAAAGCUUUUGGGAAAGGGUGGCUUUGCAAGAUGCUACGAAAUGACAGACCUCUCCAACAAUAAAAUGUACGCAGUUAAGGUCAUUCCACAGAGCAGGGUGUCCAAGCCACAUCAGCGAGACAAGAUCACAAAUGAAAUUGACCUGCACAGAUCCCUCUCACACAAACAUGUCGUCAAAUUCUCCCAUUAUUUUGAAGAUCAAGAAAAUAUUUACAUCUUUCUGGAACUAUGCAGUCGAAAGUCACUGGCUCACAUCUGGAAGGCAAGACACACGCUGACGGAACCCGAAGUGCGCUAUUACCUCAGACAAAUCAUAUCUGGUCUCAAAUACCUCCAUAGCAGAGGAAUCUUGCACAGAGAUCUGAAACUAGGCAACUUUUUUGUUAACGAAAACAUGGAGCUGCGUUUAGGAGACUUUGGACUUGCUGCCAAACUAGAAACUGUGGAGCAGAGAAAAAAAACAAUUUGUGGGACUCCUAAUUAUUUGGCCCCAGAGGUUCUCAAUAGACAGGGACACGGCACGGAAUCCGAUGUCUGGUCGCUUGGGUGUGUCAUGUACACGCUCAUGUGUGGUAACCCCCCAUUUGAGACCCUUGAUCUAAAGGAAACUUACAAAUGCAUCAAAGAAGUGCGCUACAAUCUUCCCUCCACACUUUCCCCUUCGGCUCAGAAGCUCAUCUCCAGCGUCCUACAGAAAAACCCAAGUGACAGGCUCACUCUUGAUCAAAUUCUCAACCACGAAUUCUUCACCAAAGGCUACACUCCCGAUAAGCUCCCUCCCAGCAGCUGUGUGAUGGUGCCAGAGCUCCACCCGCCAAGUCCUGCCAAGAAAUUUCUCACAAAAAUGGCCAAGAGUCUCUUUGGCAAGAAGAAGGCAAAAGUGGAAAAGAUGCCCUGUGAAGACAAAGAUGACAAGGACAUUUCAAAGCUGGUGUCUGGCAUUGUCAAAUGUUCAAUCAAUCGGCAGAUCAGCUACAAAACCGUGGGACCAAAUGAGGCUCCCUCCCCCGCUGGUCAGCUGGUCAGCUCAGUGCCUCUGGAGCAGACCCCUGUUGAGGAAGAAUCCAGAAAGUCCAUCUCUCGCUCCUUUAAAGGCACCAUGGCCAGCAGCUCUGAACCCUGUGAUGACGUGCUCACUCCAGCAGCUGUUGCUGAAGCGGCCAUGAAAGUUCUGAACAAUGUCUUGGCAAACAUGCCAGCAGCUACCCGAAACCCACCCUGCCUGUCCAGGCCACAGUCCUUCCUGUGGGUGACAAAAUGGGUUGACUACUCAAAUAAAUAUGGUUUUGGAUACCAGCUGUCCAAUCAAAACAUUGGUGUGCUGUUUAAUGAGGGAACACAUCUCAGCCUUUGUGACAAACGAAAGGCCGUGCAUUACUGCUUGACCAACAACAAACACUUUACCUUUGCUGCAAACUCAUUACCCGAGCAGCUCCGCAGCCAGAAACAAAUUGUAGAACUUAUGGCCAACUACAUGGAGCAGAACCUCAUGGAGGGUGGUGAUCUACACUGUGAAGACCAGGCUUCUGGUCCGCCUCCACUACUGCUCCAAUGGGUCAAGACUGAUCAUGCGCUUGUCAUGCUUUUCAACAAUGGCACUUUACAGGUGAACUUUUACACUGAUCACACCAAAAUAAUCCUGUGCAAGUCAUCGGAUGACUCUUACUUGCUGACCUACAUCAGUCGGGAGCGGAUGUCGUACACGUACUUAUUGAGCAUGCUGAGUGAGCUGGGCUGCACCGCCGAGCUCCGGCACAGACUGAGGUAUGUGGUGCAGCUGCUGCAGCAUCACAUGGACGCCUAG